ACCGCGUUUCCGAUCCAAUUCCGAUCACAAUAAUGAAAUUAUAGAAAAAUAUUGUCCAAGUAUUUUAUUUAUUUAACUAUGAAUAUUGCUGUACGGGCUAUAUUUCUUUUGACUGCCUAAAUAGACAAAAGAAAAGUAUUAUUUAUUCGUCAUUACUUAAAUAUGUACUAUGAAUUGUUAAUGUUAUAAUAUCUCAAAGUUGUAAUUUAGUGAAAAAGAUGUCAUUGAAAAAGUACUUGAAAACAAUGAAGGAUGAUGAAGAUAAUUUGGAUAUAGUAUCACCGUGCUUCAAAAUAAGUCCUGAUGUGCAAUUAAAAGAGGUUCCAACGAACGGUGAAGAAUAUUUACUUAAAGUCAUAAAGGAGCGUAAAAACAUUGCAGCAGUUACGAAAUGCAACAAAGAUUAUUCAAAGUUUGCCGAAAAUCAGUCUCAGUAUGUGCAUGAGUUUCCGAGGCUAUCAGUACCUGAGAAGUUAAAACCUACAAUUGAGUGGCAAAACAUGCAAGUAGCAGAUUUCUCAGAAACUCGAAUGUACAUAUCUCGUUUGCUGUCAAAAAGGAAAAUAUGGAAAAACAAUAUUAAUAUUAUAGAAAUAAAACCAACCUGUGUAAUUGAAUGGAAACAGUUCUUCAGUACCCAUAUUCCAACAUUAUCAUGCGUGCUCGGAUUACAACAUGCAUUACUAGACCAAGGUUUAGAAGUACUUACUGAUAUUAUUAGUAGAACGAAACCUGGUAAUACUAUAGAACAUAAAACAGGUCAAUGGGUAUAUGCGUUUUUGGCCUGUACCCAACUACCUCUAUUGUCUGAUACAACAAGUAUUCUAAGAAAUUUAGCUCGAAAGUGUGCUGAAAUAAGGUUUAGGCUAAACCCUGAUGAAGAAAAUGCUAUUACUGCAGCAACACCUUUAAAUAUAUUUAUCUGUUUAGUGGCAAGAUAUUUUAGGCAGUAUGAUCUAGCAGACUGAAUUUUAAUAAAUAAUAACUAUA